AUGGCAAGACUCGUUGCUGUUCUUCUUCUGUUGGCUCUUCUUCACCCAGUCCUCAGCAUCCAAUGCUACCGGGUGGACGAGUUCCAGAAGACAGUCGUCGACGGUGUGUCCGUCUGUAUGGCCCAGUUUGACCCACAAGAUGGAACUUCGUCGUUCUCGGGACUUCAGAAGUUACCAAAGCACUUCAAGCAUCAAGCGGACGGGUGUAUCCUCACGACCCAAAAAAGCCAGACAGGGGAAGUCUUUCCUCUUUGGGAGUGCAUCUGCUCCACCGAGCUCUGCAACAUCCCAAUUUCUUGGAAGCAAUUCAAAUCAUCGGGUUAUACCAUGCCAUGA